CCUUUAAAGCGGAGAGGGACAGAGGUGGUGAAGAAGAGGCGAUUAAAAAAAGAAAAGGAAGAAAAGACAGAGAGGGAGGGAGGGAGAGACACUGCCCCCCUCCCCCCAAAAACACAGAGAUGUCAUCCCACCGUCGACCGGAACACACAGGGGGAGCUGUGGAGCGCUGCCACCGACCAGGAUCUCAUUAGCCGAGCGACAAUCUGUACGCAACACCGAGGCUGUGAACCGGACCGCUGCGGCCUUCUGGAGCUACCGCGAUAAAAUAAACAAUAUUCUCCCCACCCCCAGACUUUUUUUUUUUUAUUAUUAAAAAUAAAUCCGAACACUCGUCCUUCUCUUGAUUAAAAUGACUUUAUAUCUUUGCAUGCGAGUCACCAGCUUUUAUUUCUGUAAAAAAAAUGUAGUGAAAAUACAAACAAGCAGAGUAGCAGAGACUAGCUGAACAAUAUUAACUUUUUCAUUAAUUACUUUAUUAAUCAUAGAGUUAAUCAUCAUUUUAAUAACAAGUAUUAAUUAUUCCACAUUAUUUUAAAAGAACCGUGUGAGUGUUGGCGGUGCCCCCGGCUGAAUCCGCUCAGGCCCCCGGACUGUGCUUUUCAUAGCUGUUUCGGAGACUCUCCUCCCGGCGCCGUUUCCUCUCCGUUACCUUCUCUGGUCUUCCUUCAGGAUGGACACUUCCUGGAGCAAUUUCCUCUUUCAGACCCCGCCCACCCAGGGCCAGUCGGACACGCCUCUUCAGUCGGAACUGAUGCCCGAGCUGACGGGCACAGAUCAAAGUCCUGCGGAGGACCACAUGGUGGCGCCACCGUCCACCGUGGACACCGCAGCGCUGAGCGAGGAGCCCCUCCCAGUAAAACCACUGGCCAAGACAAGCCGACCUCCACACAUCUGCUCCACCUGCAACAAGGAGUUCAAGAACAGCUACAACCUGCGGCGCCACCAGUCCGUGCACACCGGCAUCCGGAUGAAGGAUCGCAGCACACGGGAAAAGGAGGGUGGAGCUAAGGGAGCACGUGUGGAGAAGCAAACGAUCCCUCUGUCUCUCCUCCAGCUCACCCUGCCCACACAGCCACCUCCACCCGCAUCCACCACCCCUUCUGCCACCGCCGUGGACACCAUCCCCCAGCCCAGUCUCCACACUGACCAGGAGAGCCAGCCCAUCUCUGUCUCUAUCACCCAGGCAACCGUAACCAUGGCUGCCGCAGCGUUGCCCGUCCAGGCGGCGAUAGUUGAAGUGGGCUCGGUGGAGCAGGUGGAGCAGAAUCAGAACCCCGCCCCCAACACCACCCAGGUGAGGAAGAACCACGCCUGCGAGGCGUGCGGCAAAGCCUUCAGAGACGUCUACCACCUCAACCGCCACCGGCUCUCGCACUCCGACGAGAAACCCUACUCCUGCCCCAUCUGCCAGCAGCGCUUUAAGAGGAAAGAUCGCAUGAGCUACCACGUGCGCUCGCACCAAGGCGGCGUGGAGAAACCGUACGUGUGUCCGCACUGUGCCAAGGCGUUCUCCAGACCAGACCACCUCAACAGUCACGUUCGACAGGUUCACUCCACAGAGAGACCCUUCAAGUGCACGACGUGCACGUCAGCGUUUGCCACGCGGGAUCGCCUGCGUGCUCAUCUGAUCCGCCAUGAGGAAAAGGUUCCGUGUCACAUCUGUGGGAAGCUGCUCUCUGCUGCCUACAUCACUGAUCACAUGAGGGUCCACAACCAAUCCCAGCACCACGCCUGUCACCUCUGCAACCGCAGCUUCACCACGCUCACCUACCUGCGUGUACAUGCUCAGAAACACCACGGUCAGGAGUGGAAGGACAGCGGCGGAGUGCGGGGGAUUUUUGGCGGGACAGGCGCCGGUGGCGUGCUGCUGUGCCAGCUGUGCGGCGUUCAGUGUAAGACGGCCACACAACUGCAGGGCCACAUGGGCACGCAUGCCAACCAAAGCCAGAACGAUGCUGCCAACACGGACUCCACCGGGGGCACUACUGUCAGCGUGACUGUGACUGCGGGGUCAAGUGACGAUGCCACCAGCACAGUGGGACUGCUGGUCACCGACUGCUCCAGUAUCGCCGCCCAGCCUCACAGCUAGCACAGGGGCGGGGCCGAGGGUCACGGAGGCAGGGGCAGUUUGGGUGCAAAGAGGAAAAAAGGAGGAGCCGAGUGAACAGCGGCCUCAGCAGUUUUUACUCAACAGUCAUCUUCUCUGCACCUUCUUCCAAAAAACACAAGUCCUGCUCCUACAGAGCCAAGAACUGAUGCUAGUUCCAUGUUAGUUCCAGAGGACCAAUCAAUGGCUGGAAACACAGAGGAGAGGGAACCGAUUAGUUCUUCAGAGAAAGAACAGUUCAGCUUUUUUACCUCUUCUGUAAGGUACCGACUGAGUCACAGUCCAGACUGACUUCUGACGCCUUAAACCAGCCGUAGACCCACACGGCCUGGUUCUGAACUGAUGGUUGCCAGGAGUCAUGAGGGAACUGAGGUCAGAUUUAAUCGGUGUGCUCAGCCGCAGUUAGACAGACAUUUACAACAAGAAGACUGAAGUUUGUAAACCAAUCACUCUGCCUGACAGUCAGAUAGGACAGAGCACAGACAGUUAAGAUGUUCACAGUGCACUCUAUCAUAAAAUCACCCUUCACAACUGAAGGAACUUGUCUUUUUAAGAGAAAAAUAACCUGUAUUUUUACUGACAUGGCUUUGCAGUUUGUUGUUUCUAGAUCAUGGUUUAGAAUUUUUGUAAAGUUCUUUGAAAGGUUAUAUAUACAUAUAUACAUAUACAUAUAUAUAUAUGUAUAUUCCUUUGUGUAGAUUCUCUGAUGCUCCACAGAGUUUUUCUUUUUUUCUCUCUCUUAACACUGAUUUGUUGUAAAAAAUCUUCUGUGACUUUUUUCCCCCGUGGCUGUGCAAACUGAUGGCACGUCCAUGUGCGGUGCGAACAGCUCACAUUGUCGCUUGUGUAAUAAAGGCAGUGAGGCUGCUCUGUGAAUGGAGCUGUAUCGGUGAUGGGGGGCAGGGACGGGGGAGGGGGCCGUUUACAGGUCCGCACUGUGGGUAUUUUAUUGAGGUGUGAAGUGACAGGUGUCAGAAUCACCACCUCACAAUCUGAGACUGUUGAACCAGAGCGGACCUUCUUCUUCUGGGGCUCUUUGUCACGAGUGUGGGUCUUGUCUUCCGCCACUGUACAAUGCAUCCUAAUAAAAACAGUUUUUUGGUGCCUUACUGCCACCCACAGGCUGGAGUAGUUGCAUCAGUGUUAA